GAGUGCUCAGAGAGCUGCGAGUUCCUUCUGGUAUUUGUAGUCCACAAAUCAGAGUUGUUUCCGUGUGUCUAGCCUACGUGAGUUAGGUGGUGGAAUCUGCUCUGGAAAGACAAACACAUGUGAAAUAAUUGAUCAGGGUUGUGUGAAUUUAUGGAAACAUGUCAAAGAAACGGGGCAGGAAGCGUAGCAGUGGAGAGCUGAGCGAGAGCUCGGCGUCGACCCUGAGCCCGGACCCCGACAACCUGCUGGGCCGUAGGAUCCAGCACACAUGGAGGGAGAAGGGCAACGUGACCAAAUGGAAAGGCACCGUUCUGGAGCGCCUCACUAUGAACAGCUCCCUCUACAUGGUCAAAUAUGACGGCUUCGACUGCGUUUAUGGCAUCGAGCUCUUCAAAGACAAUCGGGUGUCCAACCUGCAGGUCUUAGCAGAGAAAGUCGUGAACAAUAAGAUUAAGGUGCCUCCCGGGGCGGAGGAGCUGGUCGGCCGGGCGGUGGAGCAUCUGUUUGAGAAGGAGGACGGUGAGAAAAACGAGUGGCGAGGCAUGGUGCUGUCCCGAGCCCCCAUCAUGACCCACUGGUACUACAUCACCUACGAGAAGGACCCGGUGCUCUACAUGUACCAGCUCUGGGACGACUACAAAGACGGCGAUCUACGUGUCCUGCCUGAAUCAGAGAACAAACACCUGCUGCCGGCUGACAGGAAGCCAGGUGAGGAGCCAGAGAGCCUCGUGGGUAAACAGGUGGAGUAUGUCACAGAUAACGGUCUGAAGAGGACGGGCUUGGUCAUCUACCAGGUCCCAGCCAAGCCCACGGUAUACUACAUCAAAUAUGACGAUGACGUCCACAUCCACGUCUACGAUCUGGUGAAGACCACCUAGAACUGACUGUUCGAUUCCACUGCCGCUGACGGCUCAUCUCUGACCCCACCAGUCGUUACCUGUGAAAGUGUUACUGAUUUUUCCUCCAGCGGGAGGCGAUGUGCCGAAGAGCAAAAGCCACGCCUUUUCUUUUUUUUGGGGGGGGGGGGCUCCCAGAGGCUUCCCUCACUCUCACAUCACCAGAUAUCUCGGUUUUUGAUUCUCAAGUUUUAAGUUGACCAUAUUGUAUAAAUGCGGGGUCCUCAUCCAUGUAAAUAAAGCAGGUCUGAGACCGGUUGUGUAGCCCAGCAGAUGAAAUGGAGCUAGACGGAUGUUUGGGUUAAAUCACACUUGUAUAGUGCAACUUUCAAACUCCAAAUUCAUACUUUUUGUAAGCAACACAUCCAACAAAUAAUUCAGCUUUCUUACCUAAUAUACCUCUGUGUUUCAUUUCACUUUUAUAUACGCCUGUGCUAUUUAUUUCUUCUGGAAUACCUGGCUGUGCCGCUGGUUAACAUUUUGACAGGACUUGUCAGCUGUGUUUUAUGCGUGUCACUGGGUAAUCCUCCAGUUUGUUGACUAUAGAAGUAAUAUUCAUCCCAGUGAAGCACCAUUUCGGUUGAAGUGUUUCAGGUUUGAUGAGACUUGGACAUCAUGGAUAUAAAACAUGAUGAAACAAGAUAUACAACAUUUCAUUUAUCAUAGUUCUGUUCUGUUUCAUCAUGUAAUCUGCAAGUUUUCUACAUUACGAUAAUAUAUAUGAAAAAUACUGAUGUUGUUUGAACUGUGUUUGUGCUACACACUAUUUAUGUAGUUCAAAUUGGCUCCCAAUAUUGUCUUUAUCAUUUGCCAAAAAGUGAAAUAUGAUAUAUUCCUGACUCAAUAUUGUUCAUUGUGACCCUAAAUAUGUUUUUCUUUCUGUAAAUAUAAUCGGAGACAUUUUUAUGAACGUAAAACUAAGCUGCUUGAAAAUUA